ACAACGUGUUUUCACCACCAAUCGUCUCUUCCUCCGUUCCGUCAAAUAUCGACAUCCCAGACUCACCAUGUCUUCCAAUCUCAUGGACACCGAGCCCGGCGGCGAACAGACACAAUAUGAAGGCGCCCACACCGAUGUGGAGCCUCACAAAAAGUCUACGGGACAGAUGGGAAAGGAAGAGGACAAGACGACGACCGAUUCGAAGAAAGCAGAAAAGCGUGCAGAGCAAGAGACGGGAGAAGGACAACAAGAAGGCGAGAAGAAGGCAGACUAGCAAUUGAGGCGGAAGGAGGCCCCACGCGACGAGCGUGCAGCACGAAGAGAUGUUGAGAUCCGGGAGAUAUUGAGGUCGAGAGCCGGCGCCUAGCAGUACUGCUGGGAAUGAAGUACGGGCAAUCGAACGACGUUCGAGAAGAUCAGCUACGUUU